UUGGAAGCGGCCGCUUUAAACCCAGCUUGCGGGUUGGGGGCUGGUGGCUCGCGUCACGUGACAGCAGUGGCUUCCCCGGCGCCUGUUGAUGCCGCGGCGGUGCCCCGAGAAGGGAUUGGCCGAGGCCGGCCUCUGAGUGAUGGAGGCACGCUCCCAGAAACGAGGCGGAAGUGUGCAGGCCGCCGUGGGGCCGAGGCGGGAGAGGCAGGGGCGAUGAGUGGUCUCAGCCGACUCUUCGGGAGGGGGAAGAAGGAGAAGGGACCAACCCCUGAAGAGGCGAUACAGAAACUGAAGGAAACGGAGAAGAUACUGAUCAAGAAACAGGAGUUUCUGGAACAGAAGAUUCAACAGGAGCUACAAACAGCCAAGAAGCAUGGGACCAAAAAUAAGAGAGCUGCCCUACAGGCUUUGCGGAGGAAGAAAAGACUGGAACAGCAGCUAGCACAAACGGAUGGGACAUUAUCCACCCUGGAGUUUCAGCGUGAAGCCAUUGAGAAUGCCACCACCAAUGCAGAAGUGCUUCGCACCAUGGAGCUUGCUGCCCAUGGCAUGAAGAAAGCCUACCAGGACAUGGACAUUGACAAGGUGGAUGAACUGAUGGCCGACAUCACAGAACAACAGGAGGUGGCCCAGCAGAUUUCUGAUGCCAUUUCUCGGCCUGUGGGCUUUGCAGAUGAUGUGGAUGAGGAUGAACUGUUGGAGGAACUAGAGGACCUGGAACAGGAGGAAUUGGCUCGGGAGUUGUUACAUGUGGGCGACAAGGAGGAAGAACCCCCAGUCAAACUGCCCAGUGUACCCUCUACACAUCUGCCUGCAGGGCCAGCUCCCAAAGCGGAUGAAGAUGAAGAAGAACUACAGCAGUUGGCUGAGUGGGUAUCCUGAUGAGUCUGCGCUUAUCUUCCUGAUGCUGCCUUCAUUGAUCUCUUUUCCUUAAGUGCCAAGUGCUGAGCUAAAGGAACAUAGCCUGUUUGGGAGGCCCUGCUGAGGGUGGUGGUAUAGCCCUGCCAGAGAAAGGGUCUGUUGCCCUCCAAUCCCUGGCUCAACUCUGCAGAAGGAUCUUGGUGCGGGAGGAGCCCUUGGGCUCCCUUCUCUUUGAUAACAGUUACAGUGCCCUUGUCUUCAAUAAAAUUGGGCAGAUGGAA